AUGGCAGCGGUAUUGGAAGGUCUUAUUCCUUCUCGACGCCGACCUUCCAGGUCCCGAUCAGAGUCCGGGAAGCAGCUCCAUGCUCGAUGGGGCGAUGCUGCCAUCACUGCUCCCAACGGAGGAGGUUGGAGUCAACAGUAUCUUGAAGAUGACUUGAACAAUCCCAUCUACCAAGCUCAUGGAAGUCCUGACUCUCAAAAGACUCUUGUCAACAACUCCCCCGACCUCAGCUACGAGCAGGACAAGAUCGAGAAGAUUAGCAUCGAAGAAAUCAGACAGCCUACUCCUCCGGUUGUCUCGAAGGAACGAAAUGCCAUCACCAUCACCAUCCCUCUCCCAUGGUCUCGAAAGAUCCAUAGGCGAUCAUCUUCAGGGAGCACCCAACAAACCCAGGUCGUCCAACAAGUUGAGAAGCUGGUCACUGCCGAACCACGCCCCGCUCUGACCAAUAUUACCACGAACAUCGAUGAAGUGAUCGUCGCAGAAUCACGACCAGUUGCCGAUCCAUUUCGAUCGGGCUCCCCCAUCGUCCAUACCCAAUCACCAGUGUACGACGACGUCAGUACCUUCUUUACCAGAGCUGCCUUCCCUGACAAAGGCUACGGACCUGGCCAUCUUCCGCAUAUUCAGACCAACGUCCAACAAGCCAAAAGCCAACCGGCUUCGGCGAUCUCCGUCCUCAGCCCUGUCGCCGAGAAAUAUAAUGGCCUCUCAGAAAGCAACAAUGCGACUCCUUUGGACAACACUCCCAUCGCUGCACAUGUCGCAGCUGCGAUCCCAACCUUACCUUCCGCCAGCGAGGAUGACGUCAUCAACGUCGACAAUCUGGCAGCCCGCCUGGAGAAUCAGGUUCGAACCUCUCCACCGGUGAACCCACCAUCUCGAAUCACCAGCCCCAUAGAGGCUUCCGAUUCAGACUUGGACAGGCCAUAUUCUCGCAGCAAUUCUCAGCUUCCCUCUCGCCCUUCCUCUCGCGGCCCUGGUAUUGGAGAAGUGGCAUACAUGCGAGCCUCCUCUCGGGGACCCACAGAUCAACGCCGGUCGGCCUCUCGAGAACCAGUCUCUCGACGAGCCGAAUCUGUCGAACCAUUUCGACGAAGAGCUCGUUCCCGUGAGCCCGUCGGAUCACGCAGUGAAUCUCGUGACACUGAAGUCCCAGCACGCUCCUUCUCUCGAGACCCAAUCGCUCGCCGGGCUGGAUCCUGUGAGCCAGUUCGCCGCCGGGCUGAAUCCCCUCCUCCCCGAGCGACAUGCCGUGCAAUCUCUCGUGAACCAGCUAUUCAUCGCACUGUUUCUCCAGACCGAGCCACACGUCGAACGCAUUCACGCGCGCCAUUCACCCGUCGAACAGUAUCACCGGGUCCAAUGACUCGACGGGCUAUCUCUCGCGAUCCAGUCACUCGUCGUCGUAUCUCUGUUGACCUCACUCGACGAGCCGCAUCUGUCGAUCCAAUCCGGCGUCGUGCCAGUCCCCGGGAUGAUAUCAUCCCUCGACGCGGAACGCCUCGGGCCAUCCCCCGAGGCAACAUGGACUCCUCCGACUCCUCAUCGGCGGACGAUCUCACAUCGGCUGAUGAGACCACCGACAUUGAAACCGAGACAGACGAAAUGUACUUCGAGUCUCGCAAGGGCUGGAACGGAGCGGCCGUGGCUGGGGCCAAUAGCAAAGGCUUCUACGGUGAUGUCGUGCAGGACUACAAAGCUAUCGCACGAGAUGUGGAGGCCGACAUUGUGCAGGGGGCGCAGGCUGCGGAAGUUCCAAUGGCAACAAGCAAUACUACUGGCUUAGUGAACAAGAAAGACAAGGACAAGGAGUCUAAAGUCUAUAGUGGUCCGGACUUGGUGCCUUCUAAUGAAGAAUUGUGGGGAUGA